ACUCACUAGUCGCAGUGCAGUUUUACACAAUGACUAACAUCAACACUGAAGUGGUUCUGCGUAAAUUACUCGACAAUAUAGCUAAAGAACAUAACUAUAAUGACCCCAAUGUGAGCGUGCGAGCUAUAACUACGGACGGUGCUAGCUAUAGCUCCAUGCUGUAUGCAGCAACAAUUUCUACACCAAAUAAGGAAGAACUUCAACUUUUUGCCAAAGUCGCCAAUGUAGGUGAGAUCGCCCGUUCUCAAUUACUUUUACCUUUAUUCGACAUAGAACGCUUCGCAUAUAAAGAGUUAUUGCCAGCUUAUGAAAAAAUACAAGAUAGGAACAAAUUAUCCAAUAAAGACAGACUGGUUUGGCCCAAAUUUUAUGGAUGUAAUCCAAAUUUGUACGAAGAAACAGUAGUUCUUGAAAAUUUGAAAACGAAAGGAUACGUAGCAUAUGAUAGACUCAAGUCGAUUGACUGGGCUUACGCUUCCAAGGCUGUUGAGUCGCUCGCUAAAUUCCACGCCCUGUCCAUAGCUUACGGCGAAGAAAAUCCGACACAAUAUGCUGAACUUCUAGCUAAAAUGAAAUUUAAUCCAGACUCUUUGAACAAAAUGGCUGGUACUUUCGACAAAUUGGUAGAUAUGGCUGUAGCUGUGACAAAAGAAGAUAAUAAAGAAAGAUUAAGACAAUAUAUUUUAAAAGAAAGUGGCUUCAAAAACAUAGAUAAAUUUUAUCAGUCAACUGGUUUAAUCAUUUUAAGUCAUGGUGACUACAAGCCAAGCAAUUUAAUGCACAAAACAAAUAAAGAUGGCAGUAUAGAUGUGAUUCCUGUAGACUAUCAAACUAUUUCAGCUAACAGUCCAAUUAAAGACUUGUACUAUCUCAUCUUCACGGGUUCAGAUGAAGAGUUCAGGCGUCAUCACUAUGAGCAGCUGAUCGACCAUUACUACCAACAACUGUGUCGAGCAUUACGCAAUCUGAACCUAGAUCCUGAGAAGCACUACCCUAAGAAGAAUUACGAAAAGGAUUUAAAGGAUUUUAUGCCGUUUGGCCUAGUUCUCGGUGUACUUGCACUACCAGUUAUCACUGUUGAAGCUGAGAAUGCACCGUCUCUUCAAGAUGAAAAUGGCCUUAACAGCAUACUGACCACGAAAACUAGCAAUCUGUACCCAGAAAGGUUGAAUGGAAUUGUAAAUGACUAUGUCCGAUGGGGGAUACUUUAAGCGUACUGUAUUUAAUGAAUCAACAUCAUCAUUAUCAUAUCAGCCGUUAUCUGUCCACUGCUGGACAUAGACCUCUCCCACAGACUGCUAUAAGGAACGGUCCUGAGCCAACUGCAACAGUACCGACUCCCUGCAGUGCGUUAGAAGUCAUCACUGUAUCUAGUAGGGGAGUUGUUCUACACUGCGUUUUCCUGCACGGAGUCGCCACACAAGACCUUUCUUCCCUUUCAGUUGUCUUUUCUUCCAGCUAUGUAACCAGUUCAUUACCACUUACUACAUUUAAUAAAUGCAAUACAUUUUAUGACAUAAAUGUAAUAAUAUUUUUAAUUAAUAAUAAAAUUCAAGUGUUACGUUAAUCUAUUUUACAUAUGUAGGUUAAUAUUAAGAUUAAAAGAAUACUAGUAUCUGAACUAUGCCGAGUAUAUAUCUGUAUCCUAGUUACUAGUCAUUUCUAUGAACUAGGUGGUAGGUAAAACAAGAAAUAAUAAAAUAUUACAAUAUUAUGAGUGUUUAUUUUAUACUUUAAAAAGAAUUUCACUGUAACUUUAUUAGUUCUGGCAAAUUACAAAAAAAUAUGAUAUUCUUCGUAUUAUUAUGUUAAUUUAAAACAUAAAAAUUGUAAUAACGAACUAUGUUUUGAAUAGCACAUAAUUAUGGUUAUAACAUAUUUAACUGACAAGUGUAACUCUUUAUAAUUUGUGAAAAGCAUAAAAUCAUUGUUCUUAAGAAUCAAGAAUACAUUUUGUUAUAUGGUG